CCUCAGUGCUUAUUAAUGACAGCCAUCUUCAAAUCAUGAUCAAAUCAUAUGCUCUGUAAUCAUCAAUUUCUCGUUAUUUUCACAUCAUCAUCAUCACCAUUCGAUAGGUUUCUAUAGCAUGUAAUUGGAUACAGAGAAAUCAACUCCCCUCCUUCUUUUACGAAAACUGAACGGAAGGGCCACGUAUCAAUUUCCAACUCCAGCUUCUUUUAAACACAGCGUUGCCAUGGUGACCAGAAAAAGAGCGUCACAGCAAAAGUCCUUUGCCACAUCUUCCCCCACAGAGUACAAACUAUGCCUUUUUUUUUUAUAAAGAGUAGAUCAAACAUGAGCGGAUUAUACGCAUCACCUUUUACUUACAACGAGGAUAUGCAGCUGUUCCUCAGCAACAGCAAUAACAGUAAUGAUCUGGGAUCUCCAUUGAUGAGUACCCCCUUCUUGGAGUCCUCUCAAGCAGCAUCCCCUUUUGCGGAUCCCAUUGGUGAUAGAUCACCUUAUGCGAUGUUUGCGUCUUUCUCGGAGAGUCCAACCUUCUCCACCUAUACCACCUCCUCCGCUAUCACCACCUCCUCCGCCAUCACCUCCUCCUCCACCACCACCACCAACGCCGCCGCCAGAUCCACUCUCGCCGCCUUCCAUCGAGGUGGUUAUUACCAACAGCCAGCCACCAAUGACAUCUUCAUUGCUGGUUACCUUGACAAGCCUGAUUUCUAUCAGCAACCAUCACAAAAGCAAGAACAAAUGGCUGUCAAAAACUUCAAUGGGGAUCAAACACUUUUGAUCAUUGACAAAUCCAAACUCCCCGCUCCUGUUGCCACCACCAUCAUUCCUGCCCCACCAUUGACCGUUUUCGGCGGUGUGGCUGCUACUGCUACUGCGGUUAAAUCGGAGUCUAAACUCGUGUCGCCUACAAUGCGAUUAAAUACAAUUACAGAAGAAGACUUGGAUACUUUCUUGUUCCCUCCUUUAACAAGUUCCCAAGAGUCUUUCUUUGACUCAAGUUACGAAAUGAAUACCCGGGAAGAAGAUGAUCGUUCUUUGGAUGAGUUGCUUGGUUAUACCGAUUCUCCUCUCAGCCAACCCAUGGAGGAUGAAGAAGAUGAAGAAGCCCGAAAGGAAGAAUCCAAGCAAGAAUCCAAGCAAGAAACAACAACAACCAGCAGCAGUAGCAGCAACAACAACAAGAACAGCAAGCGAAAGCGCUCUUCCUCUUCUGAAGAAGAAGUGGCUCCCCAGAAGAAAAAGCGCCAGAACAAAGAUAAAAAGAAGUUCCAGUGUGAGAUUUGUGGUCUUGUGUCGAAACGCAAAUAUAAUUUAACAACCCAUAUCAAGACGCAUGACAAGAACCGAGUUAAGGAUUUCAGCUGUAACCAAUGUGCCAAGAGUUUCGAUCGCCGUCAUGACAGAGACCGUCAUUUGGCUACCGUUCAUCGCCAUGAACGCUCCUUUGCUUGUCGUCACUGCAAGUCUCACUUUAGUCGUGGUGAUGCUCUGAACCGUCACUUGGUCGCCAAGCAUGAUUAUGAUGAACAUGACUUUGAAGACUAAUUCUUCUCACUAAUACAUAUGACAACAUCCACUUCUAUUUUAUCUCUCUCUAUGUUUCUCUCUCUUUCUUCUUGAACACACACAUAUAUACACACACACACACAGAAAACAGUUGGUUUGAAAAAAAAAAAAAAAAGAAAAGAAAAAAAAGAACACACUCAUCUUUUUUUUGCUUUUGCUUUUUUAUAUACAUACAUAUGAAUAACACUGUAUAUCACUACAAGAGACGUUAUCGUCCUUUUCUAUUAAUAUUUAACUUAUUCCCCCCCAUCCCACCCCACUCUCCCCAUUUUUUUUUUUAUGUCAUCAUAAUAUACAAAUAAAAAAAUGGCCUUUA